CAUCGAUACGAUCUGCAAUUUUCUUAAAAUAGCCGGAUGGGAAUGACCAAACUAGCGAUCAGAAAAGCGAAUAAAGAGGAAAGGGAUGGUUUCCUUCGCCGAGAAGACGAUCCUCAUUUUCUCCUUCUUUCUCUGCGUAAUAGCGAUAGCAGAUCCGAACUCCAUGGCCGCCCUCGGAGGGAUCAGAGACGUUGAGGGGGAGGCUGCCAACGGCCUCGAAAUCGAGCAACUAGGUCGCUUCGCCGUCGACCAACACAACAAGAAGGAGAACGCUCUUCUGGAGUUUGCGAGGGUGAUCAAGGCGAGGGAGCAGGUGGUCGCUGGGACUCUGCACCAUUUGACGGUCGAGGUCAUUGAUGCGGGAAAGAAGAAGAUCUACGAGGCCAAGGUGUGGGUCAAGCCAUGGCUCAACUUCAAGGAGCUUCAGGAGUUCAGUCACGCUGGAGACUCAUCCUAAGACAUCCCCUGCCAUAAGCUAGGGGAUUGAACGUGAAGACUUCGCCAAGACUUUAUAUUGUGUGUCAAUAAAUGGAGUGAUUGCAGACUUUGAAGACUGAUGUCUCUAUAUUGUCUGUACUUCGGACCUCAAACUCCUAACUUGUAUAAUUAACUAAGAAGUUUAUCUUCUAUCAGUCUUGGACGUGAUAUUGUUCUUCCACAGGGGAUUGAAAAGUGAAGACUUCGCCCAGACUUUAUAUUGUGUCAAUGAAUGGAGUGAUUGCAUACUUUGAACACUCAUUUCUCUAUAUUGUCUGUACUUUGGACCUCGAACUCCAAACCUUUAUAAUUAACUAAGAAGUUUAUCUUCUAUCA